CGCAUUUUCGGAGUUGCUCUCUCCUCUCCUAGGGUUUUCUCUACGAGCGCUAUAAAGCUUCUCCCCCCUCCCGCCGCAGUUUCUUCCUCCCGUUGGAUCUUCGGAAGCCGCCGCCGCGAGAAUACUUCGGCGAAUCCCAACGCCAGGAGGAAGAUGCCGAAGCAGAUCCAUGAGAUCAAGGACUUCCUUCUCACCGCGAGGAGGAAGGACGCACGGUCCGUGAGGAUCAAGAGGAGCAAAGACGCUGUCAAGUUCAAGGUGCGCUGCUCGAGGUACCUGUACACCCUCUGCGUCUUCGACACAGAGAAGGCGAACAAGCUGAAGCAGUCUCUGCCACCAGGUUUGUCAGUCCAGGAGAUCUGAAGAUACAAGCCGGUGUCAUGAUGAAAUAGCAAGGCUUCUCUUGUUCACUCUUGAAACUUUUGGACACUAAGCAAUUAGACAUGUCAGCGGUGGAUAAUUAAAUCACAACACUGAGGAAUAUACUUUUUUGCCACAUUACAAAAGGCUCAUUUUCAGCUUAUUUCUUGUAUGCACUGUCUGUUGAGUUUAUGAUUGGUCUGCCUGUUGCCACUUGUGUGAUAUUGGGCACAGCUGCACAGCAAUGCCUGGUAUGCACCUCGGUUGUUUGUCUUGUGAAAUGUUCUAUCACUCUGUUCCACAAUGUGCUGCUUUAGCAAACUAGUAAAAUAGAUGCAGAGGAAGUAUGAAAUUGCUUGUGA